UUCCCAUUCUUCCUAUGCAGACAGACACACAACAUGGCGGACUAGAAUAGUCGGCCGACGCGCCCGGAUACAGCGGAUAAACCCUGGGAUUUAACAUCCAAGAAGGCGAAGAAAAUACCCUCCGAAGAGACGCUACAGAAGGGCGAAAUUCUAUUUUUUUGGAGGGGGCGCUUUCUUUACCCUGGCUUUAGCGGAUAAACUGACUGUGAAGUGUUGGCAGUGCGUCCCAGAUCGUGCUUCCCUCCUCUGCUAUCACCCUGGUCCCCCCCACCUCCACCCCGCUCACACUCUCGGUUCCUGGGGUGUGGAGAAAGGGGCCGGGGUUGAAAACGUGGAAGACAGGAUAAAUUCCCACUUGGCUUUCAUUUUUUUCCCCUUCUUCUCUCGCCUCCCCCCUCCGGCUUCCUUUGGGCUCUACAGGAGUUGUGACCAGGCUGUGCGGAUGAGUGAUUGAUGCCAACUACGCUUCUUCAGGGCAGAAUGGGUGUGUGCGCCCUGCUCCUGCUACUUGGUGUAGCCCUGGGGGGCUCAGCCGAGGAUCUUGCCCCUGUCACAGGUCCUACUACCAUACCCACAAAGCCAUCUACAGCACCCUCCCUCAAGGAUGAAGUGCCAGUAUCAAACCCUGCACACCCAUCCACAAAGCUUGCCCAAGCUGUCAUUACAUCAGCAGCAAUCACAACAACAACCACGAUGACGACAACAACAACAACAACAAAAGCAGCAGAAACAGCAGCUACCCUAGAUAAUAAUCAGGACGCAGAACUCAGUAGUUCAACACCCACAGUACAGCUAGCUUCAACUCCUACCCCUCAGGCACCACCAAGCAUCAACCCUCCACUUACUCCUAGCAUAUCGGAAGGAGAUGAUGAGACCUCAGCCACAUCUCCAGAGACUGCAACGACUCCAACGACAACCACAACAACAGAACCAUCCACCCCUGAUAGUAACGAAGAUGAUGAGGAAAUGCCGAUCAUAGCCGUGAUGGUGGCCCUGUCCUCCCUGCUGGUCAUCAUCUUCAUCAUCAUAAUCCUCUACAUGCUCAGGUUUAAGAAGUACAAACAAGCAGGGAGCCAUUCGAACUCCUUCAGACUGACCAACGGCAGGUCAGACGACACAGAACUCCAGAGUGUGCCGCUAUUGGCCCGCUCACCCAGUACAAACAGGAAGUACCCGCCGCUUCCUGUAGACAAGUUGGAGGAAGAAAUGAACCGUCGCAUGGCUGAUGACAACAAGCUCUUCAGAGAGGAGUUUAAUGCACUGCCGGUCUGCCCCAUCCAGGCAACGUGUGACGCUGCCUCUAAGGAAGAGAAUAAAGAAAAGAACAGAUACGUGAAUAUCCUGCCAUAUGAUCACUCCAGGGUGCAUCUCUCAUCUCUGGAAGGAGUCCCAGACUCUGACUUUAUUAAUGCCUCCUUUAUAAAUGGUUACCAAGAGAAGAACAAGUUUAUUGCAGCUCAAGGGCCAAAGGAGGAAACGGUAAAUGACUUCUGGCGGAUGAUCUGGGAGCAGAACACAGCCACAAUAGUCAUGGUGACCAAUCUGAAGGAGAGAAAAGAGUGUAAGUGUGCUCAGUACUGGCCGGACCAGGGCUGCUGGACAUAUGGGAACAUUCGGGUGUCUGUAGAAGACACAAUGGUUCUAGUGGAUUACACCAUCCGCAAGUUCUGCAUCCAACAGGUAGGAGAUGUUUCUGGGAAGAAGCCUCAGCGCCUCAUCACCCAGUUCCAUUUCACCAGCUGGCCAGACUUCGGGGUGCCCUUCACCCCUAUUGGAAUGCUCAAGUUCCUAAAGAAAGUCAAGGCCUGCAACCCCCAGUAUGCUGGCCCCAUUGUUGUUCACUGCAGUGCGGGUGUGGGGAGGACGGGUACCUUUAUUGUGAUCGAUGCCAUGUUGGACAUGAUGAUCGCGGAAAAGAAGGUGGACGUGUUUGGCUUUGUCACCAGGAUAAGAGCCCAACGCUGUCAAAUGGUUCAGACAGAUAUGCAGUACGUUUUUAUCUUCCAAGCGCUGUUAGAGCACUAUCUGUAUGGAGACACAGAGUUAGAGGUGACCUCUCUGGAGUCCCACUUGGCCAAACUCUAUGCGCCCUCACCUGGAGCUGGCUGCAGUGGUCUGGAGGCUGAAUUCAAGAAACUGACAUCCAUCAAGAUUCAGAAUGACAAGAUGAGAACAGGCAACCUUCCUGUCAACAUGAAGAAGAACAGAGUUCUGCAGAUCAUUCCAUACGAGUUCAACAGAGUGAUCAUUCCAGUCAAACGAGGAGAGGAGAACACCGACUAUGUCAAUGCUUCCUUCAUUGAUGGCUAUCGUCAGAAGGAUGCUUAUAUGGCAAGCCAGGGGCCCCUGCAACACACUAUAGAGGACUUCUGGAGGAUGAUCUGGGAGUGGAGAAGCUGCUCCAUAGUCAUGCUCACUGAGCUGGAGGAGAGAGGCCAGGAGAAAUGUGCUCAGUAUUGGCCCAGUGAUUCAGCAGUGACCCAUGGAGACAUCACAAUUGAGCUUAAAAGAGAGGAAGAGAAUGAGAGUUACACAGUGCGUGACCUCUUGGUCACCAACACCAGGGAGAACAAGACUCGAGUAGUGCGUCAAUUCCAUUUCCAUGGCUGGCCAGAGGUGGGCAUCCCCACUGAUGGUAAAGGCAUGAUCAACUUAAUUGCUGCAGUGCAAAGACAACAGCAGCAAUCUGGCAACCACCCAAUCACUGUGCACUGCAGUGCUGGUGCUGGCCGGACGGGGACUUUCUGUGCAUUGAGUACAGUUCUGGAGCGGGUGAAAGCAGAAGGGAUCCUGGAUGUCUUCCAGACAGUGAAGAGCCUCAGACUGCAGAGACCCCACAUGGUGCAGACACUGGAGCAGUACGAGUUCUGCUACAAAGUGGUUCAAGAAUACAUUGAUGCUUUUUCUGACUAUGCCAACUUCAAGUAGGGACCUGCCAUGGAUGGAUGGAUGGAUGUAUGGAUGAAUAGAUAUCCACAUGCACUUCAUAAAAGCAUAUACACGCUCCAGAGCACACACAUUCAGUAUGUUGCCAUGCAGAGAGCUGCGUAUCCCCAUCUGAUGGAUCUUUAAAAAAACAACAACGACAAAAAAAAAAAAAACUCAUCACAGCUUGAUCUGUGGAUGGGAUUGAACUGCCCGGAGAAAAAGGGAAAAGAGGUCUCCUCCCGAAGGACAGGACAGGGCAGUGCAGCUGGACAGAGAAAAUAACUGAGAUGCCUUCUUGAAUAUUUUGUAAUGAUGUUAAUACAGCCCUUCACCCCUAUUUUGCUUUCCAUCAUCACCCCCCUUCCCAAUAUGUAUAUAUACUUAACUGUGUUGCAUUUUAUUACUUUGGUUUAGACACAGUUUUGAGUUUGGCUGCAUUUUAGGGUGGCACCUGUAAUGUAUUUUAUUGGUAUAAAUAUAUAAAUAUAUAUGACUAUAAAUCUAAUGCUUUGGUGGCUAAUGUACAACAACCAGUUUUUUGUUUUGUUUUUUUUAAACACCUUGGGGACAGAGACCUAAAACAUUUUAAACUUUGCCUGAGCCACACUGUAGCAACUUGUGUGUGGUAGCAGAAGUUUCUACAUUCACCCACAGACCCUGAACUGUUUUUCACUCCCAGACAUUCAGACAUAUUCACACAAGCAGUUUUUCUCUACAUUGGGUCGGUUGAAUCUAUUUGGCAAAAGGAAAAAAAAAGCAGCUUUCCAAGCCAGUUAAAGUUUCUCUCCAUUAGGUUUCAGGGGUUCAGAGGUAGCUCAUUACUGGAGAUCGGAAUCUCUGAUGUAGCUCAUAGUCUCAGGUUUUCACACGUGUAAACGUACACCCUAAAUAACAGGAGCCGCUAAUUAUUCUUUGAGCGUCUGUGUGUGUUUGAACUGGAGCACAAGCUGGCAGAGAGUGCUGUGGCGUGGUUCCACAUCGCUUUCUCGUGUCUGCAAAGUGCCAAAGUCCUUCACUUAGUCGGGUAUGUAGCUCUGGAGUCUGGAGACGUUCAUCUUUAGACGUUCAGAACAGCAAAACUUUUGAGCUGUCCAAGGAUCACUAAUUAAAACAUUGAGAUUUUAUAUGCCCCGUACACUCAAGACAUGUAGUUUUAUUAAGGCUUUUAUGAUGUUCUAGGGUCUGUUACAGUAUCAGCAGUAAUGUUGAUGAUGUUGGCGAGCCAAAUCAUAAACAGUAACUCCAUUAUUGCAUCAUACAAAUCAACAAUACCCAGCAUUUGUUUUGUUUACAUAAGCACUUCAGUAUUUUUUAAAAAUGUUGUAGACUGUAUUUCCUUUCUGUCUGGGUUUAUAGUUUUCCUUUGAGCCUGCUGGGAUUUACUGUCUUUUUUUCCUUUCUUUUCUUUUUUAAAUACUUGGCGUCGGGUCACGAGACUGUGCUGUCACUCCUUCAGAGCGAUGCCUUUUUAAUUCCCAUCAUGAAUAUUGAUAACUGAAAGAAUGUUUCCUUUUAUUCGAAUGCUGUUGCUAACAAUUUUCCUCAAAAAUGGAUUUGUUGUUACUUUAAAAGAGGAAAUGUGCCAUGCAAUGCUUUUUCUUUUCUUUUUUCUUUUUUUUAAAUGAAUGUCAUAGGAUGGCGCUCAGACUUGAACUACAGUGUUUAUAUUUCAUUCAAGGUCAACAUUGAGGCCAUGCCCUUUUUUUGAUUGUAAUAAAAGAUAAAUGAUGUCUGUUAACCGCAGGGUUUUAGGUCAGUCCUAAUUUCAACUCAUUCCGCUCAGGAAAUGACUGAUGCCAGGAUGUUUAAAUUUACAAAUUGAACAUAUUCAACUUGAGUUUAUCUCUGCAGCUGUGUCACCUUCAAGUGGUAUUGGCUUCCACCAAAGUCAGGGUAUUCAGAUAUGAUCCCGCAGCUGGAUUUUAAAAGACUGUGUAAUAAAAAAAUGAAAUCUUUUUUUUUCCUCCUUCUUUUGGAAUUUUCCAGCUAGUUCAGUGUUUCUUAUUGUAGCUUUUAACUGUAAACAGACCCAUACUUGUGUAUAAUCUACAUUACAUUAGCACUCCUUUAUGUAAUUUAUUUUAUUAAAAGAAGGAGCACAAUCAAGUGUGGCAACUGAUAGUGGCUAUAUCCUUUUUUAAAAAAUAAUAAAUUUUGAGAAGGGUUGAUCGCAUCAAUGUUGAUUGUUUGAACACUCAUGCACUCUUUGCACCAAAUGUAAAGCCCUUAAAAAGUACAGAACCAAAUGAGAGCUAAGGUCAAAAAGAUAUGGCCUUGAUUUUUACAAUAUGGCGACUAUACUGUGUUUGAUCUGUUGAAGGGUUUUCAGGUUUCAAAGCCCUAGGCUGAUUACUUAAAAGUAGCGGACAGCUAAGCUGACCAGUCACUGAAAUCACUGUUGGCUGUGAGUGGGUCAUGUUCUUCAUUUCAGGUCUUUUUGUUCCAAAGCAUCACAAGUGCUAACGCGAUUGGUUAGGUUCCGUUAUGUUUUUCAUUUAUUGACACUCACUGGGUGUUUCAUCAGGGGAUAGAAGAGGGGAUGCUUAGCGUUACUGUCUGUUCUUAAAUUACGGGGGUUUGUUGUGCACGUUUCAAUCAUGUGAUCAUGUCUCACUGCAAUUUGACCACAAAACAUGACACUGUGCCAAACUGUGAGAGACAAUAUUUUGUUAAUUUUGUUAUUAUAAGUGAACUGAUGAAGUGCCUCACGGGUAGGUUUUCAAAACAAAUGAAUCAUCCCUUGAGUUUUCUUAACUCACAUCCAUUUCCUCAUGUUUCACCUGUUGACCAAUGACAAAUCCUUUUUGUGUGACAAAUUGAGGGAGCCAGAACCAAGUGUGGGUCAGUUAUGUUUUCUUUCACAUUCCCUGUAGGUGUAUAUUUGUGGAUUUCUUGCUUGUGUACAUCAAACUAAUAUUGACACCUUUAUUUUAUUUUUUUUCAAAUGCAUACUAUUUUAAUUUCAUUCCAUAUCAGCUGAACAUGGGAUCCAUGACUAGUAAUCAAGUGUUGGUACCCCGAAUGUAGGACUAAAACACAGAAAUAGGAUUUGCAUCCUUUACCACCAAGAGAAACCAGUUGCCCUUGUUUUAUCCCUUUAUUCCAGGAGUUUUCCCCCACUGGAGCGUUUUGAAUGCCCUGAUGAAACUCAAUCCACGGUCUCCAUUUCUAGAAAGGGAGACUGCAGAAAACUGUUGCCCAGCUUUUCUCUUCUCAUCACCUUCUCUUUGUCUCCUAUUCAUCUCCGCUCACUUGUUGCUUCCUUUCUAUCCUUCACUUUCCCCCUUGAACCAUUCCUCCCAGUGGUCAACACCCUCUCCCCUUUUGUACAUAAUGUAAGGUUAUUUAUAAUUCAUUCCUGUCUGCUGCCUUGCUUAUUUUAUUUUCUAUUCCCUCCUGUAAUUUUUUUUUUUCUAAAGAUGUAUAUUGAACUGUAUCGGGACCAUUUUGAAAUGUAUUACAGAUGUGUUUCGGCCAUUUUUUAAUUUGGUAUGAUUGUCUUAAGCAAAUCCUAUUUUUUAUUUUGCCUAAGUUUGUUUCUUGUGUUUUUUUGUUAUUCAACAUUUGAAUAUAUGUAUAUAUAAUUAUAUAUGAUAAAAUUAUAUAUAAUUAUAUAAUGCCAAAUGGCCUUUCUAAGCAAGAUACUGUUCAAACCUAAUAAAGUGCUUGAGAUUUUAACCUCUUGUCAGCAUACA